AUGAAACAGGAAUCAUGCUGGUUUAGUUUGCAGGAGUUUGUGAAGAAGGGAAUGGAGGAAGUGCUGAAGAUGGUGAAAAGCAAUGGAGAAGUUGUUCCUGAAGCCAAAUACUGUGUUACAGGUUCCACAGGGUAUAUUGGCUCAUGGCUAGUGGAAGCUCUUCUUGAAAGGGGUUGCAUUGUUCAUGCCACAGUCAGAGAUCCUGCAAAGUUAUUGCAUCUUCUAUCUCUGUGGAAUGGUGGUGAUAAAUUGAGAUUUUUCCAAGCGGAUUUGAACGAAGAAGGAAGCUUUGAUGAGGCUGUAAAAGGGUGUGUUGGUGUGUUCCAUGUUGCUGCUUCAAUGGAAUUCAAUGUUAGUGAGAAAGAAAACAAUGAGUCUUUUGUUCAAGAAAACAUAAUUGACCCUGCAAUCAGAGGAACCAUAAACCUUCUUAAGUCUUGUUUGAAAUCCAAUUCUGUGAAAAGGGUUGUCUUCACAUCUUCCAUUAGUACCAUCACUGUCAAAGACAGCCAUGGAAUGUGGAAAGCUACGGUGGAUGAAUCUUGCAAAAUCCAACCUGAUAAUGUGUGGAAUACACAAGCGAAUGAAUGGGUUUAUGCACUUUCAAAGCUUCUCACAGAAGAUGCAGCAUUUCAAUUUGUAAAAGAUAAUGGUAUUGAUCUUGUGUCAGUCAUUACAAGCACUGUUGCAGGCCCAUUCUUCACUGCUAAUGUACCAACAAGUGUUAAAGUUCUAUUGUCUCCUUUAACAGGUGAAACUGAGUACUUCAAGAUAUUAUCUGUUGUAAAUGUACGAAUGGGGUCAAUUGCAUUAGUUCACAUUGAAGAUAUAUGCAAUGCUCACAUAUUCCUAAUGGAGCAAGCUAAAGCAGAAGGUCAAUAUAUAUGUAGCAGCCACAGUUGUUCAUUGUCUAACUUGGCUACUCUUCUUUCCAAAGUGUAUUCAUGUUCAAAUAUCUUGAUGAAGACUGAAAAAAUUUAUGACAAAGUUUCUUGUGAGAUCUCAUCAAAGAAGCUAGAAGAUUUGGGGUUUAAUUACAAGCAUGAUCUUGAAGAUAUAAUGUAUCAAACAAUUAUAUGCUGCCAAGACUAUGGUUAUUUACCUCCUGUUUAG